AGGGGUCCAGAAUAGUAAACAACAUGGCGCACUACCAUCACAGAACGGACUAGGGGCAUAUCGAAAAUACAGCUGUGACAAGCACCCUAAACACAUAGUAAAUAUUUUCAUAGUUUUCGCUGUAGUGAUAACGUACCAGGGUAGAGCAUUUACUUGGAGACGAGAAAGACUGUCACAACGAACAAGCUGUCAACAACUCUAUCCACUGGAACAGGAUAGGCUAUCGGCCUAUGGGCUCGCAGUCCAGUUCUGGGAUGUCCGGUCGGGGUUCAAGCGGAAACCCAGACCAGUCUGAACCAGAACCAGAAUCCAACCAGAACUCUAAUCAAAGGAAUCGCAGACCAGCUGAGAGGCAGACAGAAAGACAGUCAGCCGCUGAGGAGGACGUCGACUUAGCUCAAGUGCUGGCUUACUUACUGAGAAGGGGCCAGGUCAGACUGGUCCAUGGAAGUGGAGCAACAGGCCUGCAGCUUGUCCAGUCCUAUUCUGACUCGGAUGAGGACAGCGACGGGGCCUGGGAAGGUCGCCUCGGAGACCGCUACAAUCCCCCUGUGGACUCCCAACCUGACACUCAGGAUGUGGAUCGAAGUGAGAUUCGCACUCAGAUUCUGCUGGCCACUGCCUCGUCCGGCCUUAAAGGGAGACACAGCUUCACUCACAUGCUGACACAGAGGGAACAGGGCAGGUGUCGAGGUUCCAGUUUCUCUCACGGGGAGUGCAGUCACAUUCGAUCACAUUUCCUGCCGAAUCAUGUUGCCUUCAAGGACACAUAUCAGCAGAAAGCCUUCUGUGGGCUAUACAGCAACGAUGGACACAUGUUUCUCUCUGCUUGUCAAGAUCAGAACAUCCGUCUGUACGACACCAGCAGGGGACGUUUUUCUCUGAAGAGGACGGUCAAGGCGCGGGACGUGGGUUGGAGCGUGCUGGACGUCUGCUUCACCCCCGACUCCCGCAGCGUGCUCUACUCCAGCUGGUCUGACUACAUCCAUGUGUGCAGAAUAGAUGGCGACAGCGAAUCUCACACCGCCCUGGACCUCAAUCCAGACGAAAGGAGGUUCUGUGUCUUUUCUCUCACCGCAUCUGUAGAUGGGAAGGAGAUUCUCGGAGGGGCAAAUGAUGGGUGCUUGUAUGUUUUUGACCGUGAACAGAACAAACGGACGCUGAAGAUCGACGCUCACGAGGACGAUGUGAACGCAGUAGCAUUUGCCGACAGCUCGUCGCAACUGCUCUUCUCGGGGAGUGACGACGCACUCUGCAAGGUGUGGGACAGGCGCACGCUCCGCGAGGACCGUCCUCAGCCCGUGGGUCACCUGGCUGGACACCGCGACGGGAUCACCUUCAUCCAUAGCAAGGGCGAUGCACGCUACCUGAUCAGUAACUCUAAAGACCAAUCCAUCAAGCUGUGGGACGUGAGGAAGUUCUCCCCUAAAGAGGGUCUGGCUGCUUCUCGGCUGGCCGUCACACAGCAGAACUGGGACUACCGCUGGCAGCAGGUCCCCCAAAAAGCCCUGAAGAGGCACAAGCUGACGGGCGAUACAUCGGUGAUGACGUACCGGGGCCACGGCGUGCUGCACACACUCAUCCGGUGCCGCUUCUCGCCCGAGUUCAGCACCGGACAGAAGUACAUCUACACCGGCUGCUCCACCGGCAAGAUCAUCAUCUAUGAUGUCCUGACCGGCACCAUCGUGUCCAAACUCUCAGGCCAUGACGCAUGUGUGAGAGAUGUGAGCUGGCAUCCCUACCAGGAGAACAUCGUCAGCAGCUCAUGGGACGGAGCAGUUCGGUUGUGGGAACACAGGCAGACACACCCUCUGGACGAGGAGAGAGAAAGGGAGCGGGAACGAGAGUGAGAGAGAGAAAGGAAAAAAAAGAGGGGAGGUGCAGAGGAGUUUUAGGACAAAGCUUUUGUUUGCGUCUGAGCUGAUAAGCUCCAACACAUUACAGGAUGCUACUUGUUGCUGUUUGUUUCUGGCAAGUGUUAGAUCCAUAAGUUCAACUCUUCAAUGUUAUUUCUUACAAGAACAUCACUUCAAAAUCAAUAACAGCCAUGCUGUGGACGGACCACAGAGUAGUUUAUCAGGAGGAGAUGAGGAGUGAUGUGUUUUCAGUUGUCUUUUAGUAGAUCUUCUCAGUCAGUGCGACUGAGUGUUUAGUUAAUGCAAUGGUUGUUUUUUAAUGGCCGAAGUCUGUUGGCUGUUCAGGUUUCCUUUUCCUUUGAGAAGGGUGUGGUCAUAGGGUGGGCUCUAGAGUUCCAACAAGGUGUUUUUUAAAGAAAGGCAUUAACAGCUAAAAAACAGAGUAAGGUGUUUUUUAAAAGGUAGAAAAAAACAUGAUCACAUGGCAGGGGGUUGGGGUGGGAGGGUCAAUUCUAUGAUCAUGUAAAAUAUUUUAUUGGAAUUAAUGUCGAAAUGUUGAUAAAUUUGUAAUCUAGUGUUCACAUUCUCAGCCAAAAGAUUUGAUUGUCUUUUUUUUUUUGUGUGAGGAGAUAAGCUGGUCACAGGGAAAAGUGUGUGUGUGUGUGUGUGUGUGUGUGUUGUUUGUUUGUGAGAGAGAGAACAUAUGUAUGUGCAUAUACAAUAAUUAGUGUAUAUGGUGAGCCUGUCUGUCUGUCUAUGUGUUUUGAGUCAUUUUCACUAAAUUCUUCUUUUUUUUCCCAGUAAUUAUUAAAAUCCCACAUAAA